AUGGAAUUCGAUGCCAUUAUUUCUUCAUUGAUGCGAUUUUUUCAUCCUUUUGCGAAUUCGCACUGUGUUUUUGUGGAUGAAUUAGAUAAAUUUGAUUCGCUUUAUUUAUCUGCGAAGGCAAGAAGUAUAAAAAAUGAGAAGUUAGUUCUGGAAGAGGUGGAUAAUAAACUGGUACAACUCCUUGAAAAAUAUGGUUUGGAAUCAGCAGUGGAUGCUUAUAUGAAGAAAUAUAAAUGGCGGAACGAAGAACAAAAUGAAAACACUAUUCUUUCUUCAGAGAAAUUUAAAGAUCCGAAACUGCAAAAACUUUGGCAUGCUGCGCAGAAUUCACGUUUUUCUAAAACUGCGCUAAAAACUCUUCACAAAGAACUCAAAGAUCAUGAGCAGAAGAUGGAGCUGUAUGAACAAAAAGUGAAACUGUUCAAUGAAUUCAAUGAUAAUACUUUAAAUGAAAAUCCUUUCGAAAUAAGCGACAAGCUAAAUCGUGAACUGAAAGUACAUCAUAAUGACAUUAUGGAUUCAUAUGAUAAAUUACAUCAAAAAGUUGCACAAGCAUCGCAGAAAAUAUUUAGCAGUGAAAAAGUGGAGAAUUUAUGGAAUUUGGCAAUGCAAAAUCCGAACUUCACCACCUCAGAAUUGGAAUCACUACGAGUAGAACUGGAUCAUUUUGAUAAGCGUCUUGAGAAGAUGAAGUAUCAUGAUGAAGAACUUAAGCUAGUAAAGAAACAACAGGAAAAAUUGGGCAAACUCAAUGUAUUCGAUGAAGAUGUCAGUAGUUUAGAAGAAGAAAAUAAACGUUUGCAACGUAAACUUAGGAAAUUGGAGAAUUAUUUAGAAACAAAAAUUGUUCAUACGGAAUUAUAA